GUGUCAAAUUCCAAGGUCUCCAAGCAUCACCUGAAGCUGCGCUGGUUGGAGUCUCAAAGCCUUCAGCUGGUGGCUGCUGGAAGCUCGGGAUGCGCUGUGAAUGGUGCGCCUUUGAAGAAGGAUGAGCAACGCCACCUGCAAGAUGGCGAUCGGGUCGAAGUGGGGAAAAGGGGAGGAAAGAACAGCGAAUCGCAG